AGGCUCACCACCAAUCGCUGCGGAUUAUUUUUUCAACAGUUCGAUGCAUUCUUCAAUACACGGAAAGAGAGGGGGAGAGAGAAAGAGAGAGCCCGCGAGGUGAAAUAUCUACUGCCCGUCUCUUCUAGUCUCCCUUCUUUAUCUCGACCUCUAUUAUUUCCUCCAAUUUCCACUAGAGCCGAGGAGAUAUUAGGCCAUCGGAAUGGGGAUCGAGGUCUUGGCGCUCUCCCUCCCUUCUCCCGCCUCUCAGUUUGUUUUUGUUAAUGGUAGGGGAGCGAGUGUCAUCAUCUCGUCAGGCAAGUACCAGGGGUGCAAUUGAGAUGAGCAACCUGGAGCUGGGAUAUACUACUUUGGCUCAGUCAAAAUCUUUGCCUGUAAGGGUUGUUCUCCCACCAACAUGUUUAACUCGAAAUUUUAACAAUCCUUCUGGUGGCCAAAUGGAAGCUUGGGUUAGACCAUGUUGUCGAAAGAAACCCUUAAUUUCCAAAUAUCAUCCUGGAUAUCUUGAUCCACCUUCAUCCAGCUGCAAACGAUCAUUUGAAAGAUAUUCAUCAUCCUCCGAGGCAUUGAUGACCUCUAAGUCUCAAGCUGCAUCCAACAUGCUUAUCAUUGGCAAUGAAAAGGUUGGAGUCUUGUUACUUAAUCUUGGAGGACCAGAGACCCUUGAAGAUGUGCAACCGUUCUUAUUUAAUCUUUUUUCCGACCCGGACAUUAUUCGGCUUCCUAGGAUGUUCUGGUUUUUGCAGAAGCCUUUGGCACAAUUCAUAUCCAUUGUUAGAGCACCCAAGAGCAAAGAAGGUUAUGCUUCCAUAGGUGGUGGUUCUCCACUUCGACAGAUAACUGAAGCACAGGCAGAAGCAUUGAGGAAGGCCCUCUGUAACAAAAAUGUCCCGGCAAAGGUGUAUGUUGGAAUGCGAUAUUGGCAUCCUUUCACUGAGGAAGCUAUUCAACAGAUUAAACAGGACGGGAUAACAAAACUUGUUGUGCUUCCUCUUUAUCCACAGUUUUCUAUAUCAACUAGUGGAUCAAGUCUUCGUUUGCUCGAGAGUAUAUUCAGGGAGGACGAGUAUCUGGUUAAUAUGCAACACACAGUUAUACCUUCAUGGUACCAGCGUGAGGGAUACAUCAAGGCCAUGGCAAAUUUAAUUGAAAAAGAGUUACGUACAUUUGGUAGACCUGAGAAGGUAAUGAUAUUUUUCAGUGCUCAUGGAGUGCCACUCGCAUAUGUGGAAGAAGCUGGAGAUCCAUACAAAGCUGAGAUGGAGGAGUGUGUAGAUUUAAUUAUGGAAGAACUAGAAAAACGGGGAAUAACAAAUCCAUACACCCUUGCCUACCAGAGCCGAGUUGGACCUGUGGAAUGGUUGAAGCCCUACACUGAUGAGACAAUUGUUGAACUUGGACAAAAAGGAGUGAAAAGCCUUCUAGCUGUCCCCAUUAGUUUUGUCAGUGAGCAUAUUGAAACCCUUGAAGAAAUUGAUGUGGAGUACAAAGAGUUGGCUCUGAGAUCUGGCAUUGAGCGAUGGGGCCGGGUUCCUGCUUUAGGAUGUGAGCCAACAUUCAUUUCUGAUCUUGCUGAUGCUGUUAUAGAAAGUCUUCCCUACGUUGGGGCAAUGGCAGUUUCCAAUCUUGAGGCUCGUCAGUCGCUUGUACCCCUUGGAAGUGUAGAAGAGCUAUUGGCAGCUUAUGAUUCAAAACGUGGGGAGCUUCCACCUCCAGUUGCAGUGUGGGAAUGGGGAUGGACGAGAAGCGCAGAAACCUGGAACGGCAGAGCAGCUAUGUUAGCUGUGCUUGCUCUGUUGGUCCUAGAAGUAACUACGGGUGAAGGAUUCUUGCACCAGUGGGGCAUCCUGCCCCUGUUCCGUUGACUGGAAGCUUAUUUCACAUGCAGUGAGCUUGAGCCAGUGGUGAAGAAAGUACAGUUAUUUUUCGUAAGUCUUCUCAUUCUGUUACUGUUAGCACUUCAUCUCUGUGGGUACUAAUUCUGCGAUUUUGGCCAAUAGGCAACUUUUGUAGAUACAUCUAUAUGAGCACAUAUAAAAGGCAUUGCUGUAUACUUUUGUAGACCUAUCUUAUAUGUUUUUGAUACGUUUUACUGAAAUAUAAACUGUUGCUUUUGCUUAUACUUCACA